CACUGGGCGUUCCGAGGCCGUCUCCCCCGAGGGGGUGGGGGGAUGGCGCGCGCUCCCGACGGCCAGCGGGCGGCGCGCGCGGGCACGGGCUCGCUCCCGGAGGGCAGGUGGGGGCGGGGAGUGAGCCCGGGGUUGCGCUGGCCAGUGCGGCCUGGGCUGGGAGGUCGACGCCCGUGCUUGCAGCGGCCGAGGCCAAAGGACCCGCUGCGGCUGGGUCGCCGGAGAGGGAGGGCCCCGCUGCCGUCGCCGCCCGGCCGGUGCCCGGUGAGUCAGCCCAGAGGAGUGAAGCAAUUCGCCCCAGGUCUCCCCCUAGCAGGCCAGCACUGAGGAGCCUUGUGCUGGGAGCUGAUGCUGGUGGUUCUCACUCUCGUGUGUGAAGGCCAGAUGCCCAGGAGCCCUCGGUGACGGGAAUUCUCCAGCCACUUCACAGCCCUGUCUCUGCCCAGCGGAGACAGCCGCGGCUCAGGCACAAGGACGGAGACCCAGGACUGUGAGGUGCCUUGCCGGGGAAGAGGAGGAGAAACCCAUCGGCUGGGGCCUGAGUGGGGUCUGGGGGACGGGCCGUCGGUCUCGGAAUGCCCCUGCCCGAGCCCAGGGAGCAGGAGGGGGAGAGCGUGAGAGCCGUCCAGGAGCCUUCCCCCGAGUCCCCUGAGCCAGGCACAGAUGUGGUCCCUGCUGUCCCCACGAAGCCCAGAAAGUUCUCCAAACUGGUCCUGCUGGCAGCCUCCACUGAGAAUGGGGCUGGGGUGUACUCCCGGCCCAAAGGAGUGGACUGCAUCAUGUCCCUGGAGAUGUCUGGCCCCAACAUGCUGACCAGGCCCUCCCAGACCCUGCCAGUACAGGAGCAGGGAAAGGCAGUCCAGCCAAGCCCUCUGUCCCCCGGACAGAAAUGCAGCAAGCCAGACACAGUAGCCCCCAAGCCCCUGGAGUUCCUGAGGACCCCAUUUGGGGGCCGCCUCCUGGUGCUCGAGUGCUUCCUGUACAAGCAGGAGAAGGCCGUGGGGGACAAAGUGUACUGGAAGUGCCGCGAGCACACUGAGCUGGGCUGCCGGGGCCGGGCCAUCACCUGCGGCCUGCGGGCCACCGUGAUGCGGGGCCACUGCCAUCCCCCUGACGAGGAGGGCCUGGAGGCCCGGCGCCAGAGACAGAAGCUGUGUAGCGCGGCCCUGCCAGAAGGCUUGGGGGUUCCCGCGGGCCCUGGGGUCCAAGUGCAGGAGCCGCUGGAGGGGGUGGGCCCCUGGCUGUACCCAGAGGAGCCAGAGCCCGCCCCAGGGCUGGUGCUGAGCAAGCCGGCCCCGGAGGAGGAGGAGGGCCUGCGAGGCCUGUCGCUGCUCAGCUUGCCUCCCAAGAAACGCCCAGCACUGGGCAUUGGAGAGCCCCCACCACUAGAGUUCCUGAGGACGUGCUACGGGGGCAGCUUCCUGGUGCACAAGUCCUUCCUGUACAAGCGGGAGAAGGCCAUGGGGGACAAGGUCUACUGGACGUGCCGGGACCACACGCUGCAUGGCUGCCGCAGCCGGGCCGUCACCCAGGGCCAGCGGGUGACGGUGAUGCGCGGCCACAGCCACCUGCCCGACCUGGAGGGCCUGGAGGCCCGGCGGCAGCAGGAAAAGGCCAUGGAGAUGUUGCACACCAGGCCGGGCGGCCCCGGGAGCCAAGUGGACAAGCUGCGCAGAGGUGUGGACAGCCUGUUCUACCGCCGGGGGCCUGGUGCCCUGACUCUCACCAGGCCCCAGCCCAGAAAGCGAGAGAAGGUCAAAGAUCAGGGCCUUCCAGCCCAGCCCGAAGCCCUGCAGGAUGAGGACCUAGGAGGCCCUGAGUUCCUGAGGACCCCUCUGGGGGGCAGCUUCCUGGUGUACGAGUCCUUCCUGUACCGGCGGGAGAAGGCGGCAGGGGAGAAGGUGUACUGGACGUGCCGGGACCAGGCCCGCAUGGGCUGCCGCAGCCGGGCCAUCACCCAGGGCCAGCGGGUGACCGUGAUGCGGAGCCACUGCCACCCGCCAGACCUGGGGGGCCUGGAGGCCCUGAGGCAGCGCGAGCGGCGCUCCAGCUCAGCCCAGCGGGGUAGCCCAGGAGGCCCUGAGUUCCUGAGGACCCCUCUGGGGGGCAGCUUCCUGGUGUACGAGUCCUUCCUGUACCGGCGGGAGAAGGCGGCAGGGGAGAAGGUGUACUGGACGUGCCGGGACCAGGCCCGCAUGGGCUGCCGCAGCCGGGCCAUCACCCAGGGCCAGCGGGUCAUGGUGAUGCGCAGGCACUGCCACCCGCCCGACCUGGGGGGCCUGGAGGCCCUGAGGCAGCGGGAGCGGCUCCCCAGCCCAGCCCAGAAGGAAGGCUCAGGACCCCUCCAGCCCCUGGAGUUCCUGAGAACUUCCUUGGGGGGCAGGUUCCUGGUGUACGAGUCCUUCCUCUACAGAAAGGAGAAGGCGGCAGGGGAGAAGGUGUACUGGAUGUGCCGGGACCAGGCCCGCAUGGGCUGCCGCAGCCGCGCCAUCUCCCAGGGCCAGCAGGUGACCGUGAUGCGCAGCCACUGCCACCCGCCUGACCUGGGGGGCCUGGAGGCCCUGAGGCAGCGGGAGCGGCGCCCCAGCACAGCCCAGCGGGAGGACCCAGAAAAGAGAAAACUUCUGCCCAAAGUGCAGCUAUGCCUCAAGACUUGUUCCCCCGAAAGCCGGCAGGUGGACAGGAAAGUGAAAGAUACAAACCUUGACAGCAAAUCCCAGUGAGGCCCACCUCCUCCCGGCGUGAACAGAGGAACCUCAGGUGUUGCCAGCAUCAAGGAUGCUCUGCAUCCACACAGGACCUGCUUAGAUUUUGCUUGACCAAAACUCAUUUUUCCAAAGCAUCAAUGCCCUUCACAUUUCCUCAAGGGGUCUCCCAGGUAGACUACUUUAAUGGUGUCUUCAUUUGGCAAAGAAGAGCUCCGGGGCCAGUACCUUGAAGACCCACUUACGGAAGAGCUGCAGCUUUUGACCAAGAUGCCUCUUCCUGCUCCACCGCUCCCAGCCGCAGACACCUCUCCAUUUCAGAGCAGGCGACUUUGCCCAGGGCUUUCUGGUUGGGUGUGGCUCUGCUUCUUCAGGCUGAGCUGCCCUGCGCACCUCCAUCUGCCCCAGAUGUUUUCUGGACAAAUGCCAGGUGGACCUUCAUGUUCCCUGCCCACUGGCUGCUGGGGCGUGGCCGUCCCUCAUGGUCACAGAGCCAGCCAAACCAGAGGCCCCACUACACUUUCUGUCAGACUUCCCUUCCUUUGCCAUUUUCCAUGUCCCUAUGUCCACAACCCUCACAGCCAGUGUCCUUCCUGUCAGUGGGAACCAGCCCAGAGGCCCACAGGAAUCUGGUCCUGGGCAGACACUACCUGGCUGAAAAGCCAGCAGCAUCCUGAGUCAGCCACGUUUGUCUGAUGCAGGAGAGGCAGACCCAGAUGGUAGUGGAGGUGCGCCCCUUUCGCCUGUACGUAGCAGAGACCUGGCUUAGCAGGUCUGAGAGGAAGCAGGCUGACGUCCUCCCAGGAGCUCCAGCGGCUGCUGCUAGCAAGGCCACAUCCCCAACACUGAGGCUCCUUGCCCCCUCCCUGUUAUUACAGAGGGCGCACACAGCAGCAGGCCCCCUCUCCUAGCAAACCUGCCACCAAGCUAUGAGACAGUGACAGCUCGGGGCCCCCCACUGUCCCUCCACCUAUACAUUUCCCCCAGUACACCCCAUUUUAUAUCUCACCAUGUAGAGCUGAUGUGUCCACAUCCCCUUUGCAACAACAGUUGGUCACCGUGAAGCCAUGGACUUCAUGGGUCUCAGUGCCCCAUGGCCAGAGUGGUGGUGUUUGGCUGGGCACGUGCCUGGAGGAGACCCCCACCCACCCAGGGACAGUGCUGGGGCACCUAUGUCAGCUGGGCCAAAAGCUGAUGGAGGUCCUCUGGAGGGGCUGCUGCAGAGUCUCCAAGCCUGCAGGGCUCCCGGCCCUCAUGUUGCUGCGAGAGGCCUUGAUUCUCCACUACUGCCUCUCAUGCUGAGAUCUCCCUGACUCAUUUUCCUAAGCUGGGGCAAGCUUAGGAUGGAAGUGGCGCCAAGCAAAGGGCACCUUAGAGCUGAGACCCUGACUGUCUUCCCAGGUAGGUGACUGGCUCGUCCACAGACCUGCCAGCAACACAGAGCCCUCUCCCACCAGCCUUGCCAGCAGUCAAGAUGGUCCAGUGAUAUGAUGGCCUACCUCCAGGUAGGAGGCAGGUGUCUGCCAAACGACCCGUCAUGCUGAUGGCCCCUCAGCAGUGGACACUGGAAAAAGCUCUGUUUCAGGCAAUGUUCUCGGGCAGACAGCGUGCUGCCCUGUGACAAUGAACUGCAGGCAGCCAAGGCCAAAGACACCGGACCCAAGACCCAUCUUCAUGUCACAAAUGCGCACACCCACAGAAGGCAGCCACGUGCAGAGGAAGGCGCCUGGACUCAAGCUUGCGCCACCACCGCACGGGCCUGUGUGCCCAUUAGGAAGCACUGAGCCGCAGUAGUGAUCGCCACCUGCAUGUCUGCACCCCCGGGGUGGGGGCCUCUGCAAGGCCAGCGACUUCUCCAGUCCCGAGUCCCACACCCGGCCACUUGGAUGGGCUCCGGGCACCUGGAAGUAUGGGUGCAGCACAAGGAGAAUGGUGGAAGGCACAGGCCUCUCCUGGAUGGCCCACUCGCGGGGCCUGCACCUCUCCCUCUCCUCUGCUCCUGCUCUGACCUUACAGGCAGAUGGAUGGCCCGAGUUGCCUGGGCUGAAGACUUCCAGAGGGACAUGAAUUUGGACACUGCUGUCACCUUGGGUGGCCUCACGGCAGCUCAGCCCCUGAACUCCAGAGGCAUCCACCUCCUAAGUUUAGUUCCUCAAUGAUUCCACAGCCACAGAGCUGUCCCCUGUCCUCUCCCCGUCCCAGAGCAAAGUGCACAGGGGCAAGUGCCUCUCUUGGAAGCUGGCCCCUCAGCAGACGGUGACAGAGCUACAGGGCCAUGCACUUCUUCUUCCCUGCUCCAGCUUUGCUGCCGGUCUCCCCCAGUAACCUUGUUUAUUAUGUCUACACCGGAUGGUACAGGUGGUGUGUCUCUGUGCCCCUUUGCCUGACAAUGAGCAGCAACGUCUCAGUUAUGAAAUUUAAAAUAAAAAGUUUGCAAAGAGA